AAUAUUUAUCUCGAGGUUCUUAUCACCUUUGAUCCUUUUAUCCCUAAAGCUUCACGUACCUAGUACUGGAAAGUUGUGAUGGUGCUCACUCCCGAUGCGCCACUGGUUGUUAUUCACGUCACAUUACCAAAGUGUGGCUAUUUUUUCAAAUCUGACCUUACUUUUUCUUUUAGGCACACUUCUCGAGGCUCACGACAAAAUAACUGAACCUUUUGCCCCGAGGUACCAAUCGUAUUAUCAGCUGAUUGUGAUCCCGUGUUCUUCAGAGGUGGAUGGCAGUCAUGGCGACUGAAGAACCCCAAACACUACCAGUUGUUCAGAAGAGCACAGAGUCUGCACCAAGUGAGGAAAAGUCGAACGACGACACAAGCAUACAUCCCGUCAAUGGACAUUCAGAAGACAAACCCAAGGCCGACGAGAAACCCACUGUUAACGGCAAAGCGGAACCAGCAGAGUCGACUGUUGAUGAUUCAUUGAACCAAAAAGCGUUCGCCGCUAACGGCACUCUUCCAGACCAGUCGACUGAAGCCCCUCCAAGUUCAACCGAUGUCGAAAUGGCCGAUGUUAAUGGUACGUCGGCUGUGAAGAACUCACCUACAUCUACAUCUGAGGUGGCAAAGGGAGAUACUGCAGGUUCCUCGACAUCUGACAAACCUCGUGUCCCUGAGGAGUCAGCAGUGGAAGACCCAGUUCCUGAGAAUGUUGGCGAAUCAAUGGAUGUGGACACUCCUGCGGCGCAGCCAGAUGAGGAGCCAAAGGUUGACCGUGAAAAUGGCGCCCAGGAUAAGCCCGAGGCCAAUGAUGUGACGGAGCCCACAUCAUCUCAAGAUGCAGCAAGUCAACCGUCAGCCGGUCUUGCCAAGUUGGACAUCAAGGCUACUCAAUCUGAUGUGCCUGCCGCUGAAGUCGAUACUCCUAUGGCCGAUCAGCCUAUGUCAGCAGCUAAAGUCUCGCGAGAACGUGAAGAGGAUGCAGCUGAGGAAAGAGCGCCGAAGCGGGCAAAAACAGAAGAGGACGCGAGUGGACCAACAUCAGACUCGCUUGUUGUCGCAGACCCUUUGUCAUCAGCACCAGGACCCAGUGAAUCCAUGGACCAAGCCCCAGACGACCAGGUCAUCACACCAUUCCAGAACCGCCAAAUCAGACAGAUUCUAGCAGGUGUGAAGAAGACAAAGAAUGGCCUCAAUUUUAGACAAUCCGUUGAGAAAUUGUGGCCGGGUUUAUGGGAAGACUACAGAACAAAGAUAGAGAACCCCGUGGAUAUCUCUCUCUUCGAGGCAAAAUUACGUGAAGACAAGUAUGCCAAUUAUGGUGCAUUGAAGGCGGAUAUUCAGUUGUUGUAUCAAAACUCACUCGCAUUCAACGGUGAAUCGAAUGCCAUCACUAUGGCUGCGGGGAUGGUCAGAGACACGAUAUUCAUGCGCCUACCGGAGAUCUCCAAGUUGGAAGAGCCUGCGAAACCUGAGAAAGGCAAAGCGCACCCAACACGCCAUACGGAACCUCGGGCGGCCACUCAACCACGCCGACAGUCGCAAUCACAGCCGCACCCACAGGCGGCAAGCCCGAAACCAAGGCGUGCGUCACCCGCACAAGCUACACAAUCAGCUCCUUCAUCUUCGGCCCCGGCUUUUGCAAUCCCUCCCAAUGGGAUUCCUCAAAUUCGUCGCGAUUCUACACGGGAGGACAGUGACAGGCCGAAGCGACCGAUCCACCCACCGAAGAAUCGCGACCUUGAUUACGCCGCAGCCAAUCGCAAAAAGCUGGAGCCGGAGCAGCGCUUCUUUGAAGUGGUCCUGGACGAGGUCAAGAAAGGCAAGCAUUACGCACUUAAUCAAUGGUUCCUCACACCCGUCGAUCCUGUAGCCCUCAACAUACCGACCUACUUCAGCGUUGUUAAAAAGCCAAUGGAUCUCGCUACUAUGACGCAGAAGAACUACGAGGGCGAGUACAAGAAUGUGAAGGACAUUGAAAAGGAUAUGCGACUGAUCGUCCACAAUGCUGAACUCUUCAACGGCCCGAGCCAUGAUGUCACGAUGUUAGCGAAGCGCCUCGAAGAGCUUUUCAAGGGUGAGCUAGCAAAGAGAGACUCGUGGAUGAAGCGGCAUCACCCUCCCGAGCAACCUUCUACGACGAAUGCUUCUGCCCCUAGUCCUGAACGAAGUGCCCAUGAUUCAGAGGAAGAAAGCGAAGCAGAUGGUGACGACGAUGAAGGCAAUGAGGCUUUCCGUACCCUACAAACUCGAUUAGAUGAAGAACAAGACAAACUCAACACUCUAUUGGGCUCAAAGAAGCCAGAUCUCACCAUGAUUGAGAUCCAACAACAGAUGGUGUCGAUGCUUCAACGAAAACUUGUUGAGGAAAGAACAAAGUUGCACAGCGGGGAGAAGAAGCCUAAGUCGAAGAAGAAGGCUACUAAGAGUAAGCCGAAGUCUGGCGGCGGUGGCUCGGUUGCAACAAGCAAGAAAGCGGCCGGAAACUCCACGACCGGUAAGAAAGCCUCUGGGAACAGUGGCCAUAAGAAGGCAGUUCCCAAGGGUCGGCCUGUUGGAGCGCUGGAGAAGGCAGUCAUCGCUGAAGGUAUUAACGAACUCGAUGGCACCACUCUCACUCGCGCUGUUGAGAUUAUCAAGAGAGACACAGGUCAGAACGUAAGUGCUCAAACAUGUAACCCUUCGCAUUCGUUUGCAUUUGCAUUCAUGCUGUGAAGUCGUCAUCCUAGUGUAGAUCGCGCUAACUCGGUUGUAGGAGAACGACGAUGGCGAAAUGGAAUUGGACAUAGAUGCCCUAUCCAUGGAUGCUCUCCGAAAGCUCUAUGACUUGAUUCACAAAUCUAACCCGCAGGUUCGAACGGCCAUCGAGCGAAGGCCAGAAUUCAGCCGACCGGCAGAACCCGAGCCCAAGCCGAAGACAAGCGCGCCACCUAAGCCGAAGAAGAAUAAGCCAAUGAACAAGCAUGAGCAAGAGCGCAAGAUCGAGCAGCUUCGUGAGCUCAGAGCCCAACUUCAGCGAGGGGGGAGCGGUAGUCAAGAGCCUCUACCCAAUGAAGUUGAGGACAGCCGAGCUGCG